ACCGCAAAAUUGGGAUGGGGUGCGCAUCACACUACAUGGCGCAUGUUAGUGAAAGUCCCCUCUAUGUCCCUGGAUCCUUCCGGUUCCACUUCUUUAUCCCCGAAGACCUAAUGAACCCACAAGCCCUCUCUUUCUCUCUCUCGAACGCUUGUGUGCAAUAUAUAGAUCCAAGAGGUCUUUUGACUCUCUUCUUUCAAUCGGACUUGUCCGGUUCUCGGUCGUUCUCUGCCUCUGCUUUCGCGAUCACAAAUAGCGCUGUUUCGAUCUUUUUCUCGUGAAAAUUUAAGCAACAAUUGGUUUUGAUUAGAGCAACUUUCCGUUGAUCAAAUCGAAGAUUUUAAGCGACAAUGCGAGGAUAUGAUAGAGAGGAAGAUGAAUAUUAUGAUGAAUAUGAGGAGGAAGGUGAAGAGCAAGCGGAGGAGGAGUAUGAAGAGGAAGAAGAACGAAAGCCCACUGUAGAGGAAGUGGAAUAUCUUGAAUUAAGGGAGCGGAUUAAAGAACAAAUUAGAAAGAAGAUGCGGAAGGAAAGUGGUUCUACUCUUUCCAAAUCCCAAGAGAAGAAAAAACUCCCGUCUGAUAAUUAUGGUUCAUUCUUUGGCCCUUCUCAACCAGUUAUUUCUCAAAGAGUAAUUCAAGAAAGCAAGUCAAUACUAGAAAACCAACAUUUGGCUCUCAGAGUUCCAAACGCCCAACAUACUAACAAAAAGAGCUCCUCGUCAACGGCUACAGGUUUAAAAAACAGAGUACAUGGACUUGUACCGAAAGUAAAGAAUGAGGUAAAAACAAAAGUCCAAAAACUCAAGGAUACGAGAGAUUAUUCUUUUUUGUUAACGGAUGAUGCAGAGCUCCCAGCUCCUACAAAAGAGCCUGCCCCCCGAAAUGUCUCUGCUCCUAAUUCUGAGGCGAGAUCUGCUCAAGUUCCACAAAAGAUCAAACAAGCUUCCAGCAAUAGUGGCAGAAAUAUUCAUGGCAUUCGUGAAGAAAGGAAGCCAGUUUUCAGGAAUGGCCAAAUGCAUUCUAAAGUAGGGUCACAAAAGCCAACAUCUGCUAAUAAACCUGAUGCAACAUCGAUAAACUCCAAAAGGCAGCUAGGUAGCAACAAUGGGACUGGGCCUGGCCGGCCUGCAGGGCCAAAAUUCUUGCCUUCAAAGACACCUGCUUCCUCCAUCAUGCAGAAGAAGGCUUCAUCACCAAGUGCUAAGAAAAUCCUGCCUGCCAUGCACAAAUCUCUACCUUCAAACCCUUCAAAGUCAUCUGUUCCAAAGCAACACUGGGAACAGAGAAAAGGAUUACAAGAACCCAAUAAGGCUAGACCGAUACCAAAACAGCCACUGUCAUCUUUAAAAUCUCAGCAGAUAAAUAAGCCAAUCAAGCAAGUUUCGUCUCAUGCAUCGUUACAAGAUAACCGCCCCAAGAAAAAGCCUGUCAGACCGUUUCCUGAUGCAGGCUCUGAUGAUGAGGAUGCUUUCAGUAUGCUCAGAAAAUUAAUUGGAAAUAAAAACCGUGGUAACUAUGAUGAUGAUGAUGAUGAUAGUGACAUGGAGGCAAAUUUCGAUGACAUCAUGAAGGAAGAGAGGAGAAGUGCUCGAAUCGCACGAGAGGAGGAUGAAGAGCAACUCCGAUUGAUAGAAGAGGAGGAGCGGCGAGAACGGGAGAGAAAGCUGGCAAAGAAGCGCAAGCUAAGUAAUCGAUGAGAAGAUGUCCUUAUGACGUGUUCCUGCUCUUAGUUUGGAUUCUUGUUGUCACUGUUUCCGAAUAUGCUCAGUGUUGUUGAUGCUGUCAGUAAUUUAUCAAUAAUAGUGAAGGAUAAUUGAAAGUCAAGGAAAAAAAAAAGAUUAGAAUUAAGGGAGACCAGCAAAAUGUUUGGAUUACAGAAAUUAAAUCUUUUGUUUGUGCCUCGAUUGAA